GCAGAUGACGGUUGUUUUAGGUGAUCUCUGCGCAAUGGCGGAGGUCACACAGCGGUUCGGGAGAGAAGCUUACAAGCUUUUAAAACCUCAAAAUCUCCCGCUUUUGGAUAAAAACUGUAAACCCGUCUCACAGGCAGCUUAUGUUGCAGCUUUAACAAAUUCAAUACAGCUCUGUGAGAUUCGUAGUGACCGUGUCAGAGCUGCUAAAGGACUGUGUGAAACGAGCCCGGCAGGUCUGGAGACUGCAGAAGGGAAUGUAAACAGACUCUUCACGGGUGCUGGUGGAGAUGCACACAGCCUGAAAGUGCCGUUGGACUACCGUUCUGGAAAUAUUAGUAAAUGGAAUGACCGCCGUGGAUUGAAGUCUAAGGCAUCUCUGGUGCACGUACCGUCCUGGGAGAGCUUGUGUUGGGGAAUACAUGGAAAACUCCAUAAAAAGACUCUCUAUGGACUUGCAAAUGCUCAGUUUAUGUCUUUCAGUAGAGCUUACAGUGGCACACAGAAUAACGGCAGUCCAGCUGAGCCACUAUACAAAUCCAAGUCUGCAUAUUAUGAAAUUUUGGGAGUGUCUCCAUCAGCCACCCAUGCACAAAUCAAGACUGCUUACUAUAAGCAGUCCUUCAUAUAUCACCCGGACAAGAACGCAGGGAGCGAGGAGGCCACGUUCAGGUUCUCUCAGAUCAGUGAGUCUUACCACGUCCUGGGUAAUAAAGCACUGAGGAGGAAAUACGAUCGAGGGAUCCUGAGUCAAGCAGACCUGCUGGGAUCCAGCAAACCCACUAGCAGAGAGAGUUCAGCGUCAGGACAGCAGACCAGAGCCCGACACUCCCCCUCUGUUGGAUCCGCCCAGCAGAAGAUCUUCGACUUUGAUACCUUCAUCAGAUCACACUAUGGAGAACAGCUUCAGAGAGAAAAGCAGCUCCGGCAGCGCAGAGAAGAGAUUCUCAGGAAGGAGAAGGAGAACUAUGAGGAUGUGAAACUGGGCAGGUUGAAGGAGUUCACUGUGGGGUUAAUGCUGGCUAUGGCAAUCGCCAUCUUACUUAGUCUAAAGUCUAGCAAGUGAUUAAGAUACAGGGAUACUUGAAGCAUAUCUCUUAUAUUUUAACAGCCAACAUGCAAAUAUAUAGUACUGAUAUUUUAUUUUUACUUUUUUUUUUUUUUCAUAUGGACAGUUGCAUCAACCCCCUUAAAGUUAAUACAUUGGCAAGAUACCCAUUAAAAUAAAAAUGUUUUUUUGCAAAAAACCCCCAAACAAAAUAACCAUAGUUUCUGCUUAAAAUACCAUUGUUACUACUACAAAAAAACAUAUGUAGACUUCAGAUGCAAAAGCCUCUAUGUGGCAUCUGAAAAUCUCUUCUAAAAUGAGCAUUUUUAUCAAGCUCUUAUAUUUAUGUUCAGUUAUUUCACGCUAAUGGCAAUGAAAAUGACCUAUUAAAUUGAAAUUACUGAACAUAAACAUACGAGCUUGAUAAAAUGCUAAUUUUAAAAGAAUUUCAGAUGGCUUUUGCCUCUAAAGUCUUCAUAUAUAGAUAUGAUAAUGAUAUAUUUUCUCCAAUGUUAUUGUACUUAAAAUAAACCAUGGUGUUUUGGUGGAUAAGACAAUUAAUAAUGGUCUCUGUGUAAUAAUGGGUGCCAUUUUAGCUAUAAUUGUGCUCUACCUCAUCUGUUAAACUGUAUUCACAAUGUAAGGAUUAAAUGAACCUGAUGCAUUGAAACUGCUAGUAAACACUUACGGCAUUAUUUUGCACAAAGG